AUGGUUCCUGAAGACCUUCAGGAUGAAAUUGAGCAAGGAGGUAGGAUCUUUGGAACAGAUGACUACUACCCGAUGCCCAGCGAAGAAAAACUUAGCUUUUCGAAAAGAGGUUCCAGCACGCUGAUCAUAAAGACAGACAUAAGCGCCCUAAUUGUCAAGCUUACGUCCCCGAUGGACCCUAUCGACUACCCCUUCCUUUCAGACUUCUUUCUGUCUUACAGAAAAUUUCUGGCGCCGCAAGAGCUACUAAAGCUUCUGGUAAGCAGACUUCAGUGGGCUUUUAACGAAAGCUUGAGCGCAGAUAGCAAUAAACAACAAAUUGGACAAAUUGCCUCUGUCAGAACAUUUGUUCUUAUACGACACUGGAUUCUGAACUACUUUGCUCAAGAUUUUUUAACAGACGACGCAUUAAGGUCUCAAUUUGUUAAUUCUGUAAACUCUCUUUCGUGGGGGGCAUCAGACGUUGCUCCAAAGUCGAUUUGCGGAAUAGUCAUAAACAUUAAAAAAUCAUGGGGUUUUUGCUUGAGACUUAUGUGGGAAGGACUGUCGUUCGAAGACCAGCCUACCAGCGCCAAUGAAUGGCUUGAAUUUAAGAUAAAAGAUGUAGCCACGCACUUAUCAACUAAAAACGGAAAACGCUUGAGUUUUUAUGCGCUGCAAAGCUCACAAAACCCAGAAUUUCGUAACCGGAGCGUAUUGUCUCUAUACGUUGGGAAGGAAAAUUUUCAGUUGCCAGAACACAAUGCGCGGGUUAAUACAAAACAAGGCGCCAAGAUAAAGCAAAGAACUGCAAGCAUGUUUCUAUUUCCGCAAGAUAAUCUUUCAAGCGCAGUUUUGAAAGUGUCCAAUGAUAAAGUUGGAAACUCAGAUGAGGUUAGCCAAAAUGCGCCUAACAGCAGCGGUGUAUCAGAGGUUAUAAAGGAUUUACAGUACCCUCCAUCUCCAUCUAUUGACAAAGUCAUCCCCCCAACUCCGGCCAAAAAGGUUGAAUUUAUUUUAAGAUCGUCAUACUUUCCCUCAGAGAUACUCAGCGAAGAAGAAGCUAAUACAAGCUCUACAUCCCAAAAGUUGAAGAAAGAGCCUCAUCUACACUCAUACAACAAGGGAAUGAUGGGACUGCUGUCUAAAUGGAAAAAGAAUCAUACUUUGAGGUCUGCGAACCAGAAAAUCAAUCAAGAAUCGCCAAGCGCUGAAUUUGAAAACCUCAUCAAACUUGUUUUUUCCAUAACGUCGUUAGAAAACAAGCAAUACAGCUCCGAGGAACUCAAAAGUGUCGUAUCUUCAAAGUUUGACAUAUUAAGUGCAAGGACUAUUGAUGAAGUUGAGUACUUCUUGGCAGUGGAAAACGAUUUAUUGUCGAAAAUACGCAAGCAAGAUCACUUUACUACUGUUGAGGGCGGAGCUGACGAGCAAACCCAAGAAAGAGAUGCUGAAACAGUUAGCGCUAUGGACAAUCUUAACCUCUACAAAACAGUUAGCUCGAUCGCAUCAUCGGUAAUCUCGCUCUCGAAAACGUUACAGUUUCAACACGCAGUUUCUCCCUCAGCUGCCGCCAGAGAAAGGCGAAGAGUGAGAAGUACGGAUGGAUUAUUGGGAAAUAAAUCUGUCCUCAAUUUCACGGAUGCUCUUCUUACGUCUGAUGUGAAUACGCGAAUUUUGGAAAACGAUGCGCCACGUAAACUUGUAUUCCAUGGACACAGCACGACUCGCGAAAGGCAUACAAACAGCGAACUUAAAUUUCGUUACUCUAACAUGGCUGAUGCCGUUAUCCGACUGAAUCACUCUACACCCAGCGUAAUGCAGACAUCCGCACUAACAAAGUCGACCAAUGGUACACGGUCAAGGGGCUCCCCCACCAAAGGGGUACGAAUCUCAUCUAGUAUCACAGAGAUUGAUGAUACAUUCUCAAAACAUAAUGAGAGUACUCCACAAGCAGAAGAAGUCUCAAAUGCAGGCUCGCACAUUAGCCGACCAUUGAAGAGAAAAGAAAGUUUAGACAACUUGCGUGAAUUCAAUUUCGAAGAAAACUUUGAUCAGAAGAACGGCAGCCAAUCUAAACUCGAUCACAAAAUAAACCACAAUGAGUUACAAAGCGACGCCGAUGAUGACAACUCUAGUUUCUUCACAACUCUUGAUGAUAUGAGCAUGAGCAGGAACUCGAAACACAUGACUCCAGCUUCUUCUGCUGCCCAAAAAUCAGUUACCAGUAGCGGACGUAUCAGCAUUAUCAGGAGCCGAGGACCAAGUGUCAGCAACGCGGUUACAAUAAGUACCACAAACUUGGUGGCCAAGGAUGGGGCUUUUCUCAAACUUGACGAGGAACUUCUUAACAAUCAAGAAGAGAUCAGAAACCUCGAAGAGAGAACUUCAGCCUUAUUUUUUGACAAGGUUGAAGAAGAAGGCGCAAAAAACAUUAGGUCCUCCAUUGCAACUUCUGUAUCCACGCAGUUAUUGUUUUCCUCUAAGCAGAGUAGCCCAAACAAGAUAGAGAAAAAUGAUUUACUCGAUAAUGACGAAUUUCCUCAGGGAAAUAAACUUAUUCGCUUGUCAUCAAUACCAAGUAUGCAUUCCAUCGUUAGCGGCGAUUCGUUCUCGUCUUUCCAUACCAUCAAUUCUUUCGAACAAAACUCGAGGGCUGACAUAUCGCACAAACUUACUGUCGACACUCCCUCUACAGGUGCCAAACCUGAAAAAAAUGCUCCAAAUGAUUCCCUUUUGGUACCCGAUGCCGAAGGAAGCAGUGGAAACAAAUACUUGUUUUCCCCAGAUACAGAUAGCCUAGACUUUGCCUCUCCAGAAAAAAACAUGGAAGACCUCAAAAAUAAGUUCAUUAGCCCAAUUACUAGUGAAACUACUUCUUUUAAUGAAGAUGAUUUGUCGAGAGACAACGAAGGUGAAGAAGGAGAGCCGACAGAAGAGCAGCAGCUCGAUAACGGUUAUCAAGAAAAACCGCAUAAUGAACACCACCGACGUAGUAUUACGCCAAUAGUGUCUCCUUACAAAGCUAAUGACAGCAGGCUUAACAGGUUUGCGAAACUAACUGAUGAGUCUCUGCACGGCGAUCCCGUAAAUGUGGCGCUUAUGAAGUUAGAAGGCACUUUCAGCAAAACAGACCAAAACAAAGAACAGAGCGACUCAGAUAUGGAGAGACUGAAGGAACGACGCUUGACCGGCCUUGGAGCACGAGAAAGAAAUUCCUUCCUGAUCGAAAGAAGAAGGCAGGUCAAAAGUGAAGUCCCUUUCACACCUUGUACAAAGGACUUUUCCUAUGAGCGUGACCAAAAAGUUACAAACGAUCAAAUUACCGAGCUGCUGCAAAACUAUAAAAUCCAAGACAGUAGACUCAACAUCUCAAAUGCCGAACAGCAUGUCCCCUUCAUAUUGAUGUAUGACUCUAAGUCGAUUGCUGAGCAACUGACGCUGAUUGAGCGAGAAAUAUUGAAUGAGAUAGACUGGAAAGAUUUGUUGGAUUUGAGAGUGAAGCGCAAGGUGCUACCUGUGACGAGUUGGUUGCAGUUACUACUACAGAAUGAGCAACUAUCUGGAAUAGAUUUAGCAAUUGCGCGCUUCAACCUGACAGUAGAUUGGAUUAUUUCUGAAAUUGUCUUAACACGCGAUAACAAGCUCCGAAGGAACACAAUACAGAGGUUCAUUCACGUCGCAGAACAUUGCAAAUUGUUUCAAAAUUACAAUACCCUGAUGCAAAUAGUACUGGCCUUGAGCUCCCUGGUAGUACAAAGCUACCGCGACGCCUGGAGACUCGUGGAGCCUGGCGAUCUUCUUUCGUGGGAGUCACUAAAAAAUGUCCCCUCAUUGGAGAAGAAUUAUUAUAACAUCCGGAUGCUUCUCAAUGAUAUAGAGCCUAUAAAAGGUUGCAUUCCCUUCAUUGUAGUGUAUCUGUCAGACCUAACGCUCAACUCUGAGAAGAGCAAUUGGAUUACCCCACAUCAAGUCCUAAACUACAGUAAAUUUCAAACAAAUGUUCAGAUUGUUAAGAACUUUAUCCAAAGGGCUCAAUGGUCAAAGUUUUACAAUAUUAGUGUUAAUGAUGAAUUACUGAGCAAGUGCGUUUACAUCAGUUGCCUAACACAUGAAGAGAUAGACCAUUUGAAAAGUCAGCAAACCAAAAGCGCAACAUAG